AUGCUUUCUUAAAUAAUAUCGAAGAAUUUCUCAAAGAAAUCUCCCAUCCAUUCUAAAAUUGCAGUAAUAGGAGGUGGAUGUGCCAGUUUAAAUUUUGUUUCCUAAAUAGUUAAAGAACCAGGUAUUAUUCCUCAUUAAAUUAGAGUUUUUGAUUCUUCUAAACUCCAUUAUUACAAGCCCGCCUGGACAAUGGUUGGUGGAGGAAUUUACAACAUAAAAGACACAGUCAGAAAAAAUGAAGAUUUAUACAAUAAAUGGAUUAAUUUUAUUAACCUGGCUAUAGUAAAAGUAUUACCUGACUAGAAUUUAUUAAUUGCUGAAGACGGUACUGAAUAUUCAUAUGAACAUUUAAUUAUAACUUCUGGUUUGCAAAACGAUUUUGAUAAAAUAAAAGGUGCUAGAGAAGCUUUAGAUGACCCAGAAUUUCCCGCAGGUUCAAUAUAUGAUUAUAAUUACGUACAAAAAUUUAAUGAAUUAUGUUCUGAUUUUGGAGGUGGAAAAGCUAUAUUUACCGAACCACCUCGUUCACAGGAAUAAUCAGGGGUUCCUUAAAAAAUAAUUUAUUUAGCCGAAGGCAGAUUUGUAAAGAAAGGAAUAAGAAACAACACUGUUAUAGAAAUGAGAAAAGCAGUUGAUUAUGAAUUCCCAUAACCUAAAUAUAGUGCUGCACUUGAAACAAUCUAAAAAUAAAAAAAUAUUAAUAUUCAUAAAAACUCAAAUUUAGUAGAAGUUAUUAAAGAUAAAAGAACUGCUAUUUUUUAAAACCUUAAAACUUAAGAACUAGAAGAAGUCAAAUUUGAUCUUAUUCAUAUUGUACCUUAUCCCAAAUUACCAUAAUUUUUAAAUGACUCUCCUAAUAUUACCGAUGAAUAAGGAUAUUUAGAUGUUGAUAUGCAUACUUUGAGACAUAAAAAAUACUAAAAUAUAUGGGGAAUAGGUGAUUGUGCAAAUCUUCCUACAUCGAAAACUAUGCCUGCUAUUCUUAGCUAAACUCCUGUGGUAGUAAGUAAUUUACAUCAUGUUUUGAGUGGAAAAGGACAUAUAGAUUUACCUAGCAGUUAUGAUGGAUAUACUAGUUGUCCGAUUUUUGUUGGAGAUGGAAAACUUAUGCUUAUUGAAUAUAAAUAUGGGUAUGUUGCUUGUGAAACAUUUAUGGCAAGAUAAGAUAUACCUUCAUAAUUUUUCUAUAAAUUAAAAAAAGAUUUCUUCCCUUGGGCUUAUUGGAAUUUAGUUCCCAGAGGUAUAUGGCAUGGAAGAAGAACUAUUUUACCUGCCUUUACUAAGGCUUUUACAUCUAUUUGA